AUGGCGGGAGAUGCAAUCAUGCUAAUGCGAGGCCUGGCUAAGCUCAGUAAAGCCAUACUGGAGGUGCAGACCGGACAGUUGAGACAAGCAGCAGCGGGCAAAGAUGUUGCCAAUGUGGCCAGAAGCUGGCAGGUGGCUGCUGAGGAGCGUUCAGUGCUGCUAUGGGUAGAGUGCAGGAAUUUGGCAGGCAGCAGAAGAACCUGGCUGUGGAGGACACUGACAGUUUUUCGGGACCGGCCUCAGAAAUUGCCGGCAUGGAGUACUCGCCUACAUCUGACCACACUCACGAAAUCCAGCAUGCAGAGGAUCAGUCCAGCGAGGAUGCAGUCUACAGCAACCAGGGCCAAGACCUCUAUUCCUUCCAACCAGACCCCUCCUCCAAAAUAGAUAAUGGGACUUUAUUUGGAAAUCUCAGGGACACUGCAGGACCUUUUUCGGCCACAGGACAGAAAAGAGGCUUUCACCAGGACCACACUUCUGUCAGUGGGCUGACCGCAGAGGACAUUGACAAAGCCAGAGAGUCAAAGUCCACUCCAGAGCAGAAGCCCCACAGACAGAUGUUGAGUGAACGAGCGCGAGAGAGGAAAGUUCCAGUAACGCGGAUCGGCAGAUUGGCUAACUUUGGAGGAUUGGCAGUCGGUCUGGGCAUCGGAGCGCUAGCUGAAGUGGCCAAAAAGAGCUUAAGUCCAAAAUCUGAGAAUGGUAAAAAGGGUGUAAUGGAUUCCAGCCCUUUCUUAUCAGAAGCCAACGCGGAAAGAAUCGUCAGGACCCUGUGUAAGGUCCGUGGAGCUGCCCUGAAGCUGGGUCAGAUGCUCAGUAUUCAAGAUGAUGCAUUUAUCAACCCGCAGCUGCAGAAAGUAUUUGAGAGGGUUCGACAAAGCGCAGAUUUCAUGCCCAUCAAACAAGUUAUGAAAACCCUAAAUGCCGACCUGGGACCCAACUGGAGAGACGGGCUUGAGUUUUUUGAAGACCGCCCAUUUGCUGCAGCUUCCAUAGGACAGGUUCACCUAGCUCGUCUGAAGGAUGGUAGAGAGGUUGCUAUGAAAAUCCAGUAUCCCGGAGUGGCUCAGAGCAUCCACAGUGACGUGAACAACCUGAUGACGGUUCUCCACAUGAGCAACGCACUUCCUGAAGGACUGUUUCCUGACCAUCUGAUCGAAGUCCUGAGCAGAGAGCUGGCUCUGGAGUGUGAUUACAAGAGGGAGGCAGCCUGUGCCAAGAAGUUCAAGGAGCUGCUGAAGGACCAUCCGUUCUUUUAUGUGCCCGGUGUUAUAGAUGAUCUGUGCAGCCAGCAUGUCCUUACUACUGAACUGGUGUCCGGUUUCCCUCUCGACCAGGCUGAUGGCCUCAGCCAGGAAACUCGUAAUGAGAUCUGUGACAACAUCCUGACUUUAUGCCUACGAGAGUUGUUUGAAUUCCGCUUCAUGCAGACUGAUCCAAACUGGUCCAAUUUCUUCUAUGACCCAGAGCUAAAGAAGGUGGCCCUGCUGGACUUUGGGGCAACACGAGGCUUUGAUGAAGAAUUCACAGAUAUUUAUAUUGAGGUAAUCCGGGCAGCUGCAGACAAAGACAGAGAGAGGCUAUUAAAGAAGUCUGUUGAGAUGAAAUUUCUCACAGGUUAUGAAUCAAAGGCUAUGGAGAACGCCCACCUGGAAGCAGUCCUGAUCCUAGGAGAAGCCUUCGGCUCUGAUGUCCCCUUCAACUUUGGCAGUCAGAGCACCACAGAACGAAUUCAUCGCCUCAUCCCCAUCAUGUUAAAGCACCGUCUCAUCCCCCCUCCAGAAGAGACCUAUUCCCUCCACAGAAAGAUGGGUGGCUCAUUCCUUAUCUGCUCCAAGCUGAAAUCCCAAAUCCCUUGCAAGAAGAUGUUUGAGGAUGCCUACAGCAAUUACUGGAAGGGCAAGGAGCACAAGAGAUGUUAG